AUAAGAGGGCAGACCUUUUUUUAGGACAUCUAACAGAUAUAAAUCUGACCUGCAUUGAGAAGCGGGUAGCAGAAAAGGAUGGCUGGAAUGAACAUGGCAGUGAAACUAAAUAAUGGGAAGGAAAUGCCUUUUAUCGGACUGGGCACAUGGCAGAGUCCAAAAGAUGAGGUUAAGGCAGCUGUACGGGCUGCUUUGGAUGCCGGGUACAGACAUAUUGACACGGCCUAUAAUUACAUGAAUGAAGAUGCAAUAGGAGAGGUUCUUCAGGAGUAUAUUAAGAGUGGAAAAGUGAAAAGAGAGGAAUUGUUUAUCGUUACAAAGCUUCCAAUGAUUCACAUGGACCCAAAACUGGUGAAGAGAUCCAUUGAAAUAAGCCUGAAGAAACUACAGUUAUCAUAUUUAGAUUUGUACCUGAUUCAUCUCCCUAUACCUUUAGUGUAUGAUGGUAACGACAACAAUGUUUUUCCACUAAACGAAGCCGGAGGCUGGAAGGCUGCAGACAAGUGGGACCUUCUGGGAACAUGGAAGGCCAUGGAGGAACUUGUAGACCUCGGAUUGACUAAAUCUAUUGGAGUGUCUAACUUCAGUAUCUCACAAGUUGAAAGAAUCUGCAAGGUGGCGAAACACAAACCUGUAACAAACCAAGUGGAAUGCCACAUAUAUUGGCCACAGAAAGAGUUGUUUGAGGCCUGUAAGAAGCUUGGCGUUACAUUAACAGCCUACGCUCCUAUAGGAUCUCCGGGAAGGCCAGAACGUUUUAAAAAAGCAGAUGAACCGGUUGCUCUAGAAGAUCCUAUCAUUAAGAAAAUAGCCAAGAAGUAUGGAAAAACCCCUGCACAGGUUUUACUUCGAAAUCUCAUUCAAAGAGGUAUUAUUGUAAUUCCAAAGAGUGUUACUCCAGAAAGAAUACGUAGUAAUAUCCAGGUUUUCGAUUUUUCUCUAUCCAAAGACGAAAUGGAGGAUAUUGAUAAGAUAAAAACAAAACGACGUUACUUUGAUGUCGCAGCUAUGUUUAAAGACCACCCAGAACGUCCAUGGUGAAAGAAGAAAAUUGAACAAAAAUGUAGCAGUGUGUAAUACUUACU